CCAGUCGGAUGCCUUGACCACCAGAGAAAUGUCAAUAACAGUUAAAUGGCCCUUACAUUUGGAACAUGUCAUCCGGCACCACAGGCCGGUACGGUGCAGGUUUCCUAUUCAAAAGCACCUGAGCAGAAUGCAACGGUCAGUCUCUGUGGCGGAAGGCAUGCCGAUGGAACCUGGAACGAACGGUCGGAACAACCGGCGCUCUUCGUGCCCACCCGUCUCUGGGCAGGAGAGCACGGUUUUCGUCAAACGUCCCCCCUAUACCCAGGUGGCUUUCGACAACCUUAAUCUGCGAGAGGACGUUCCUAGCAGUACGACAUUGGGCCAGAAACUUAGAAACAAAUGUGAUUGUUCCGCAAAAUGUGUAUUCAAACAGCUCAGUGCGUUUCUACCAAUUAUUAAGGUUCUACGAUACUACAACUUCAAAGAAAACCUUCUGAUUGACAUUCUGUCGGGAAUUACAAUUGGGAUCCUCCAUAUUCCUCAGGCGCUUGCUUUCGGUUUGCUCACAUCUGUUAAGGUUGAAAAUGGCCUCUACACUUCGGUUUGGCCUGUGAUCCUGUAUGUGUUUUUCGGAACGUCCGCUCAUGUUUCCAUGGGAACGAGUGCCGUGAUAUGCAUUGUGACUGCAAGUGUUGUGGAUCGGCAAGCGGAAGCCUUCAAGGAAAUGAACAUGCAUCUCAUGGUUGGCGGAGGCGGAAAUGGCACAUCUAAUUCUACGAUCGAGGUCUGGGAAGAUAUUCCAGAAUUCAUGGAUUUUAAGGAAAACGUCGCUAUAAAUGUUGCGUUGUCUGCAGGACUCAUUAUGAUGUUGAUGGGGCUUUUCCGGCUUGGAUUUGUCACUGCCUACCUGUCCGAGUCGUUCUUUAGUGCCUUUACCUCUGGUGCUGCCGUUCACAUCGCAACCAGUCAAAUCCCAGCACUCUUGGGAAUCAAGACACCCCGUUUUGGCGGCGUGUUCAAAAUCAUUUAUACCUACGAAGCCAUCUUUGGAAAGAUCACGGAAAUGCAGCCAACCACGCCGAUAAUAGCAGUAAUCAGUAUUGCGAUUUUGUUUCUCGUUAAGGAGUGUAUAAACGAACGGUUUAAACACAAACUGUUCAUCCCUAUCCCUGUAGAACUAUUAGUGGUCAUCUUGGCGACGGUGUUAUCUUUUGCGAUCGGGUUUGACGAGGAAGCUGUACCGGACAAGGACAAAACUUUCCACGUGGCGGUAGUCGGUCAACUGACUUCAAGCUUCCCCAUGCCAGUAUUUCCUGAUCUAACAGGUAUACAAAAUUAUAUUGUCGACAGCUUUGUUAUCGCCAUUUUGAUUUUUGCCAACACCAUUGCUAUGGCAAAGAUCUGCGCCAAAAAGCACAAUUACCAGAUAGACGAUAGUCAAGAACUUAUUGCCUAUGGCAUGUGUAACUUUCUGAGUGCCUUCAUGUUGUGUUUCCCGUCCGCUGUUGCCCCGCCCAGGUCUAUGGUGGCUUCCUCCAUGAACACCAAGACAACCUUUACCGGAGUAUUUGUCACUAUCCUGAUGUUGCUGGUCAUCUUAGUAAUAAGUGCUCUGUUCAAACCUCUACCUAAGGCUGCUCUGGCUGCUAUCAUAGUGGUCGCCCUCAAAGGACUUUUUGUUCAGAUGCUGGAUUGUAGGAAGUUCUGGAGAGUCAAUAAGUUCGAUUUUAUCAUAUGGUUUUUCACCAUUUUCAGUGUAGUGUUCCUGGAUAUCGACCUCGGUUUAGGAAUCGGUGUUGUAGUAUCCCUUGUCACUGUCGUCUUCCAGACUCAGUUCUCGCGAGGAUACCGUUUGGCUGUCACUUCAAAUGAAGGUAUCAUGGUAGAAAACAACAAGUACAAAAACACACGCGAAGUUCCCGGAGUAAAGAUCUUCCGUUUCCAAUCAAACCUUUACUUUGCCAACGCAGAAAUAUUCCGGAAUACUCUGUACAGUAGGACGGUCAAUCCCAGGAUAUAUCUCAAAAUGUUGAAAAAGCAGCAAAAACGCGACGAAAAGUCUGGAGACGUAGAGAAAAACGGCAAUCUAACAAGCAGUUAUGUUAAACCAACGGACGGGAAAAUGAAACAGGAAUUACCAUCAAUUAGUCUCGACUCAAACGGAAAGGACCUGAGACAGAAAAAAGAAAGUGUAGUGUCAACCAUAUCUAACACUAGUGCUGACAAUCCAGCUUUCUGUGUAUCGGAGGAAAACCUAGUUCCUCAAGAAGGACAUGGGAAAUUUAAUGGCAAUAAUGGAACUCCGUCUCAUAACUUCCUGACAAUCAGUAACUACCCGCUAUCGAGCCGGCGAUUCAGUGUCGCCUCCAGCAUAAGUAUGAUCACAGAGCUGGAAAUCGACCCAGCUGACGGAGACGCUGUUGUCAGCGUGGAGUGGUUGGAACGGGCGAAGAAAACUCAUCAUAUUAUCAUUGACUGCAGUACAAUGAACUAUUUGGAUAUUUCAGGUGCAAGUGUUCUCAGUCAUAUCUACGCCGAAUACCAGCAUGUGAACAUCACCGUUUUCCUUGCCGGUUGCUCGGCAGACAUUCGGAACACCAUGCAACAUGCUGGCGUAUUCGAUAAAAUCCCCAAAGAUAACUUUUUUAUUGAUCUCGAAGACGCCAUUUCAAUUGCUAAAAAUAUGGCUGUUCAGACGAUACCAAUUAAUCUGGAAGACUUUUCUGAUGAUGAAGCAGCUGAAAACUCUUACGUUACCCGGAUGUAAAAUUCAUGCUUACGUUACCCGGAUGUAAGAUGCGGAAUGGUGAAUGAGCUGUUACGUGUUGAGGAAAUAACUUUUAUUUUUGUAUGUACAUAAAUAUACAUAUACCAUUAUUUGAAUCAUAUUUAUCUACAUACCAUUGUCAGUUCAUUCACAUUUACGUAUCUACAGGUGAUUUCAUAUACUUGUGUACUUUGUUAUAUGACUGUAGAUUUUAGUAUAUUGUUAUGUACAGUGUUUACCCAAGGAACAUUAUCUACCAAACUGAGAGAGAGACCGAGAGAGGGAAUGAGAGAGAGAGAGAAGGAGGGAGAAGAGAAAGAGAGAGAAGAAGAGACAAAGGGUGAUGGGGUGCGGGAUGGGGUCGGGGAAUCUCCUACAUUACUCUCCGUUGUUACACAGGCGGUCCUUAAACGCAUACAACCUUGAAUUUAUCAUUUGGAUAGGGACAAACUGUUGAUGCCUAUAGGUGAAUACUUACAUUCUAAAUUAUCUUUAGGAGUUAUCGUCAUAAUUCAUAUUUGUGAAUUAUCGUUAGCCUGGACAUCUUAACGCUAGCUAAUGAUACUAUUAAUACGUAUACCAUGACGUCAUCACGACGUGCGCGUCGGUAAACACAAAUUUCGGGUUUAUGUGAUAAGAUCCCGGGGGUAAAGGUGUAAGGAGAAGGGAGGGACGAAUUUCCCGUACUGUCAUAGACACAAAUAAUAUCAAUGUCAUAAUGGAAGUUUUGAAUUAAUUUAAGUGAUUUAAAACAUGAUUAAGGUAUACUGCUAAUAGAUAUUAAUGACAGCCUAACCUUGUUUGUCUGGGAUGGGGGAUCAGACAUUGCCAAAGUAGAAUAGUUCUACCCAAGUGUGCGAAAAUAAAUACAUUGUAUGACCGGAGAAUUAAUUAUUUCUUCUUAAAAAAAUCGCAUUUUGUUACGAAUGAAAAGAGAAAAUGGUUAUAAAUUUCACAGCAAAAACUGUAUAAGAAAAUGUAUAUACAAGUGAUAUUUUGUAUUAAAGGCCUAGAACUUCC